AUGAGAACCUUACAACGGAAAUAUAGGGAAUUGUGCAAUUCCAUUAGUUUUUAUCCUAGAUGCUUUUCAAUUUUCCUCCAAGGUGAAUCUGAGAUGACAUACCCAGCCAGUCUUAUAUGUGUCAGCACCAAUGGUUAUGAAUUAUUUAGUUUACACAAUCUCUUGCAAAGAUGUGCAAGGAACAAGGCAGCUAAGGAAGGGAAGAUAUGCCACGGGAGAGUUGUUCUUUAUGGUCUAGGAGAGAACAUACUUACAUCAAAUAUUCUCAUUAACAUGUAUUCAAAAUGUGGACUUUUAGAGUCUGCAUGCCAGAUCUUUGCUAGGAUGCCUAAGCGAAGCCCAGUUUCCUGGAAUACCAUAAUUGGUGCACAUACUCAGCAUGGGGAGGAGGAAGAAGCUCUUAAACUUUUUAUGCUGAUGUUAAAAGGAGGAAACCCACCAAGUGAAUUCACCCUGUCAAGUAUUCUUUGUGCAUGUGCAGCGAAGUUGGCUGUCUGUGAGAGCAAACAAUUACAUGCAUUUGCUCUAAAAACUGCAAUGAAUUCCAAUGUCUUUGUGGGUACCGCUGUGCUUGAUGUUUAUGCAAAGUGUAAUUUGACUGAAGAUGCUCGCCUGGUAUUUGAUACCAUGUCUGAAAGAAGUGGUGUCACAUGGAGUUCAAUGGUAGCUGGUUAUGUGCAAAAUGAUCUUUAUGAGGAGGCUCUGAUUUUGUUUCAUAGAGCUCAAAAGAUGGGGUUGGAACGGUCUCAGUUUACACUCUCUGCUGCUGUUAGUGCUUGCGCUAGUUUGGCUGCAGUUAUUGAAGGUAGCCAGUUGCAUGCAGUGUUGGUAAGAACUGGUUUUGUUUCAAACCUUUUUGUGGCUGCCUCUCUCAUAGAUAUGUAUGCAAAGUGUGGAAGCAUUGAAGAAGCUUACUUUGUAUUUGCUAGCAUGGAAGGGAAGAAUGUUGUCUUGUGGAAUGCGAUGAUCUCGGGAUUUGCUAGACAUGCACGCUUCAUGGAGGUGAUGAUACUGUUUGAGAAAAUGCAGCAGAUGGGUAUAUAUCCAAAUGAAAUUACUUAUGUUUCUAUUUUAUCUGUCUGUAGUCAUGUUGGUUUGAUUGAAAGGGGUCAGAUAUAUUUUGACUUGAUGAAUGGAGAUCCAAGUGUGGAGUCCAACGUGCACCACUAUUCAUGCAUGGUUGAUCUUCUAGGCAGGGCCGGGAUGAUUCACGAAGCUUGGGACUUGAUCGAGACAAUGCCACUUAAGGCUUCUGCUUCCAUGUGGGGAUCUUUGUUGUCAUCUUGCAGGAACCAUGGGAAUUAUGAAUUGGCUGAGAUUGCAGCAAAACAUUUGUUUGAAAUUGAACCUCAUAAUGCAGGAAACCAUGUAUUGCUGUCGAACGUAUAUGCAGCCAAUAAAAGGUGGGAUGAAGUUGCAAGGUCGAGGAAGCUUCUCAAGGACAGUGGGGUGAAAAAGGUGAUGGGGAAGAGUUGGAUUGAAGUUAAGGGCAGGGUUCACACCUUCAUGGUUGGAGACAGAAGCCAUCUUAGAAUUGAUGAUAUUUUUGCCAAAUUGGAGGAUUUAGCUGAUGAGAUGAAGAAGCUAGACUACAUGGCUGAGACUGAACAGGACCUGCACGAUGUGGAGGAGGAUCAAAAGAAAGAGCUUUUGAGGCACCAUAGUGAGAAGCUGGCUCUUGCCUUUGCACUGAUAAGCUUCCCACCUGGUACACAUAUUGUGAUCAAGAAGAAUCUUCGAAUCUGCAGGGACUGCCACUCCUUUAUGAAGCUUGCAUCGAGGAUUGCAAGGAGAAAAAUCAUUGUGCGGGAUACUAACCGUUUUCACCAUUUUAGGGAUGGAUCUUGUUCAUGUGGGGACUUCUGGUGAUAUAUUAGUCUAUCAUAAUGUUGUGGUUCAUCCUGUUCUCGAGAGUUUUACGGUUAGAUGCAACAUUUGGCAGCAAGCCAUCAUGGUUUGCAUUCAUUUGUUACUACCCUUUUCAUAGUUGGUUGUGGGUGUUUCCAAUAAGCAUAAAUCUAUUUUGCUUUCUAUUACUGUCUACUUGAAUCUAUAUCAAAUGAGAUGUCAAUUUGUUAA